CAAUUCAUCGCGUGUCUUUUCCUUCCUGGACUGGCGACUACGCCACUGACCGCACCUUCAUAUUUACCAACCCAUCUCAGCGUGGAUGUAUCAGGCGCUCGUCAACGAGCCACUGCCAUCGCUUCACCCGUCUUUGGAACGACACACUCGUCCUUGGAUUAUCUGCCCCUCGCAACCGAAUGGGAAGCCCCAUCGCAUCCAACAUCACUACUAGGGCCAGCUAUAAAACAGGAGCAGCCACCAGUGGCACUUUGUGGGCUUGGCGGCUUUGCCACUGCGCAGGCCACUAAUCCUUUCGUCUUCGUAAUGCAGGUUGGUGAACGUUUCAGCCUCUUUGCCAAAAAGUCUAACAACUACUUCUUAGUACAGCUGCCAAGCCCACAGUGCCUUAACGCUGUUCUUGCUGAUUGUUUUCAUGUCGUUUUUUCGCUGUUACUCCUACUUUCCGGUGAUAUAGAAACUAACCCCGGUCCGGAUACUGCAGCUAUCCUCGCAGAGCUAAAGAAGAUAUCUACUGGCCAGUCCAAGCUUAUUUCUGAAGUUCAAGAUCUAAAAUCUCAGUUAUUAGCGACAGACAGAAAUGUAUCUGACCUAGGCAAACGUAUGACCGAACUUGAGAGCCAUUACGAAAGCCUUGUAACACUUAAAACAGACACAGAAGUUCUCCGCGCCGACGCAACUAAAGCUACUCGCUUAAUUUCAAAACUAGAGGCACGUUUCGAUGAUGCGGAAAACCGAACGCGACGUAACAACUUGGUAUUCUACGGACUCCCUGAAACUACACCCGAAUCGUACGCACAAUCAGAACAACUUAUCAUUAAACAUUGCCGCGAGCAUUUAGAUAUACACAUUGACACGAAAGAGAUAGAGCGCGCCCAUCGUCUCGGACGUCAUUCGAACGACAAACCCCGUCCAAUAAUAACAAAAUUCACAUUUUUCAAAACAAAAGAAACUGUCCUGUCGAGCGCCCGGAAACUAAAAGGUACCAAUUAUAGUAUUGGCGAAGAUUUUUCUCGUGCAGUUCGAAUUGCUCGCAGCCAGCUCGUUGCAUUUGCCAGAAAGCAAUCUGCCCCAUUUAAUCUGCGCUACAAAACCCUGCACAUCGGACAGAAGCGCUACGUGUUUGAUAGCGUAUCUGAAACUGUAAGAGAAGUGUUAUAGCAAUCGUCCGCCCGGAAAAAUGUGAUUACCCGCCCCCAAACCAUGCCAAGAAAUAAUAUUUCAUUGUCUGUUAUAUUCACAAAUAUUCGCAGUUUCCUACCUAAGCGUGAACUCGUGUCUAA